CACCCCAGCUCGUAUUAUUCCUCUCCCCGUUCACCACCUGGUAAACCUCGUGGCUGUGUGCCGCUAGUCUAGUGAGCGAUGGCGAUGGUCACGACUGACGCCGCCGCCGCCGCAGGGAAGCUGCCGGAGGAGGAGAAGCCGGACUACGCCUCCUACAACGGCGCCUCCGCCGCCGAUGGCGGCGCCCGCGCCCGCCGCGGCGGCGGCGUGGUGGAUUCGGUGGUGGUGCGGUGGCGGCGGGAGGACAUGCUCGACAAGAGCCCCCUCGCACUGCACGCCGCCGCCGCGGUCUUCGCCUUCGUCGCGCUCGUGCUGGUCGCCUCCAACCAGCACGGCGACUGGAUGGAGUUCGGCCGGUACCAGGAGUACAUGUACCUGCUCGCGAUCGCGGCGCUGGCGUUCGCCUACUCGCUGGCGCAGGCGCUGCGGCACGCGUACCGGAUGCGCGGCGGCGUCGACCCCAUCUCCGCGCCGUCAGCGAGGUUUCUCGAUUUCGUCGGUGAUCAGGUAGUAGCAUACUUGCUGAUGUCUGCUCUGUCGGCUGCCGUCCCCAUCACGAACCGCAUGAGAUCUGCAGUGAUCAACAACUUCACCGAUGCAACCGCUGCAGCUAUCAGCAUGGCCUUCUUUGCAUUUGUAGCCCUUGCCUUGUCAGCCGUGGUUUCUGGAUACAAGCUCUCCAAACAAACGUACAUGUGAAUCGUCAUUGUAGAAGAGUGGAACCCAUUACGUGGUUUAUCCAAAGAAGCGAAACGUAUCAAGCCUCUACUCCACUUGAAGGUGCUGUGUCGUGUGUCUUGAAGCGAUUGUUGUUACUUGCAGUAGCUUCCACGUGUGUGUACAUAGAAUCAUACGCGUUAUGCCUGAAUACAAUUAUUUUUCUUUCCAUUCUGUGUUAUCUUUAGAGCCUGAGAAAAUAUUGCUAUCGGUCUCUCGUGAUCAAAAUUCUGAAGAUAUGCAGAAGUAGAACUGUAUGUGUAUUUUACGGCU